UCUUCUUUGAAAAAGUUUAUUUUUUAGGCUCUUUUACCAAAGAUCUUUGGGUAGAAAACGUUGGCGUCUCUGAAUUCAAGUUUGAAUUUAUUGAAACCGACAAACAGAAGUCUUCCUUAUCAAAGUAUUUACAAAUAGACCCAAGAAAAGCCACUGUCGCGCCAGGAGAAAAAUUUAAAGUUCUUGUGUGUUUGAAAGUUGGACCCAAAGCGGCUUUUCUCUUGAACAAUAUUAUAAACUUUUCUGAGCUUUUUAUUUUACAUUUAAUUGGUGGAAGGGAUAUUUUUAUUGAAAUUAACGGGAGUUUCAUGGUUACUCCGUACUCCCGAACUUUAGAAGGACUUUUAGCGAGAACUGCACCCGUAAGAAGUCCUUGCGGACACUUUGACGAAAAUUAUAUACUUUUAAAGACACGUGGUCUUCUUUCAUCGGGCAAAGCUUUAACCGUUCCUGCCGAGUUAAGGAUUCUCGUGGACUAUAUUUAUAAAUAUGGCUCCACAGAGCCUGGAGUCUUUUGCCAAGCAGGUUCUUCUUUAGAAGGUGGUAUUAUUGCUGAAUGUUUAGCUACUGGCGAAUCGCUUGAGGGCCUCGAGUUUAACAUCCACUCUGUCUGCUCAGCGUUGUGUCUCUUUUUGACUUCUCUUCCAGACAGUGUCAUCCCCUCCCGCCUGUGCGAACAUAUUGUUUCCUCUACCAAACCCCAUGAUACAUUAGAAAAACUUCCUGUGUCUCAUAGAAAUGUAUAUGUAUUUAUGAUUCAACUGGCUAAAGAGUUACUCCAACGUUCUUCAGUUAAUGGAUUAAGUCGGGAAAAAAUAAGCCUUUUGUAUGCAAAGAUCCUGUAUCCUCCCGUAAAGAAGAAAGCCAAUUCUGCUCAGAAAUAUGAAAAAAUUAUGAAAAAAAGGUCCUGCUUUAUUGCUAUGUUCUUGUAACACUUAAAGGAAAAAGAAAAUUUAGUGCAAGGCAGGACUCUUCAACUCACAGUAGUUAUAGAAAUAAUUGUUUUAAACUUUU